CUUGUAUUUCGUGUUUAUAAACACCAUUAAAUCAAUGGCUAAUCCAGUGUCAGGACAUCCCGGUGCUGAUCAAUCAGCGCCGGUAACCAUUGACAGUACCUCCGACCACAAAGGCCUCCGGUUCCCGGAAAUGGAUUACUAUAUGGACGAGUCUCGGAGUGAUGUCAUAUUUCUCAUCGACGGGCACCGCAUACCGGCCCUCAAACAGUACCUGUCCAUCAAGAGUGAGGUAUUUAGGGGUAUGUUUACCAAUGGCUUCAAAGAGACUGCGGACAGGGAGGUAGUGGUUGAGGAUACCAGCGCCGAGGCGUUCAAAGUGAUGCUGAGGUAUAUGUAUUGCGAGCGACUGGUGCUCCCCGAGGGACAGGACUUCCAGCUCAUACACCACGUGCUAAAACUCGCCGAUUAUUACCAGUUGUUUAGACUUAUAGACAGUUGUGAACGACAUUUAAUCGCCACUAUAGGACUGGAAAACGUGGAGAUCAUCGCCCGGUUAGCCAAUGACUACCGGAUGUCGGACUUAAUAUCCGUUGUGAAGGCAUUUCUGGACACAAACUUCAAUCACUUCCUGUCCUCCAGAGACCAGUCGUCUCUCAACUCAUUGAACACAUCCACUGAUAACCUAUUCUUCGAGAUUAUGACCAAAAACUUUCGCAAAACUAAACUAUUUUUUGAACCCAUGACUAAGACCCGGACCUAUUGUGCCGGCGCUAAGAACUCAUACGGAUAUCAGGAGUCAUCCCAUUAUUACUAUACUCCCGAUGCGGGCCAGUACUCAACAUUCAGUUUUGAUAAACUGCACGAGUCGUAA